AUGGAGCGCAUUGCGGAGCCGCAGGACUCACAGCGACGAUGGCGGUCGAAAGCACGCCGCGAUGGGGCAGGGGCAUACAAGUCCUCGAACUCGAGGGCGGAGUCGACGUCGCCGAGCUGUAUUCUCCCGAUUACCGCUGGGGAUUCUUCCAAGCGAAUAAAGCUGACAGAAGAGCCGACCAUCUCUGUCCAAUCUUCACAAGACAUUCCCGACAAGUUUUCCGACAAGGCGCACAAGAAGGCAUACUAUCGAUACUACCUUCGCAAUGCUUACGUGAAGCCUUCUAAGGUUGAGAGUCCUGGAGAUUGGCUUCUGGAUCUGAAGGUUCCGGCCAUCGAAAAGCUACUACCCGCCCAUUUGUGCGAACGACCACUUGAUUUCUUCUCCGAUAGAUCAAUCGACCUGCGUACCGCGCAGAAAUGUUUGGAGUUACAUGUUGCCAAGGGCCUCGUCGCUUCUCAGGACAAAGGUCUACAGCUGAAGCGCUUCAGAGCCUGUCGCGGUGGAGUGAUCGCUCUGAACUGGCUCCUCAUACACUACGACGAUGCGGAUCUGAGUGACAACACUGGCUUCCUGAAACCUCUGAUUCACUGUUUGGUUGCCGAAAAGCCAACAGACCUAAUAUGGCAUUGGCUCAAGGUCGAACACAUUCCGACGGCUCUGUCAACGCAGCCAUGGAAGGAAAGAGUAGCAUGGCGUAGUGCAGUGCUUCGGUUUCUGGUGGAGUCACAAGUAUACUGGGACCAGGACGACAAGGGUAUCAACCUGGCCCUCGAAACCCUGAGUCACGCAUGGUCAAUCAGAUUUGCCGACGAAUCUCGCCGUGGGGACAUGGUCUUGCCAAAGACGCUCACCAGCGUUUGGGUGAUGAAACAACUACUGCUCAAAGGCGCGAGCGCGACUGCAGACCCCAAUUUAUACGACGAUUUCAUCUUCACGCUUCGGUUCUGGAUAAAAGAUCCCGUCAACCGCGAACACGCCGUAAGCAAAAUGAUGCUCAGGCAUCCUUCCAAAGCUAGUGCACAGCCGACAUUGGACUUCCUCCGCCACUACUGCGCCAAAGACCCCCGACCUUCGUUCUUGUGCGAUCCAUUCAACAGCUGGGCUGGAUAUGGAUACCUUGUAAACUGCGCGCAGUGGCUGAACGAAGCAGGUGACACGGCGGCCGCUUGUUGGGUGCUGGAUGUUGCCCGAGCGGAAAUGCCGGAAUAUUUCUCCAUGCGAGCCCGUUUCAACGAUACGGAUGCCCGACCGCUGCUGGGAGCCGCAGUUCGUCCUCUACAAGAUUUACCGCCUGUUGGAAGCGAGCGCUGGGAUCGACGCAAGGCGUACAUAGAUUCAGGAGGCCUGAAAUGA